AAAAACAUUUUGACAUCUCUCGAUCGAGAGCAGAUCAAUCUUUAGGUUAAGGGUUCCCCUCUCCCAAAUCAUCUUCCUCAAAUCCCUAAGAUCGAUAAGAUCCAUGGAGAACGGUAAACGAGACAGAGAAGACAUGGAAAUGCAAACCGCGCCGCCCCGAAAGCCACGCGUACUCCUGGCCGCGAGCGGAAGCGUCGCCGCCAUCAAAUUCGGCAACCUCUGCCACUGUUUCACCGAAUGGGCCGAAGUGAGAGCCGUCGUAUCGAAAUCGUCACUCCACUUCCUCGACAGGCUCUCUCUCCCAGGGGAAGUCGCUCUCUACACCGACGAAGACGAGUGGUCUAGCUGGAACAAGAUCGGCGACCCCGUGCUCCACAUCGAGCUCAGACGCUGGGCUGACGUCAUCGUCAUCGCUCCUUUGUCUGCUAACACAUUAGCCAAGAUUGCUGGUGGGUUGUGUGAUAAUCUUCUGACUUGUGUGAUACGAGCUUGGGAUUAUAGCAAACCGGUUUUCGUUGCGCCGGCGAUGAAUACAUUGAUGUGGGACAAUCCUUUCACGGAGAGGCAUCUUUGUUCGCUUGAUGAGCUUGGGAUCACGCUCAUCCCUCCGAUUAAGAAGAGGUUGGCGUGUGGUGAUUAUGGUAACGGCGCGAUGGCUGAGCCUUCUUUGAUUUAUUCCACUGUUAGACUCUUCUGGGAGUCGCAGGCUCGUCAGCAAAGUGGUGGAACAAGUUGAAACGGUAGUGUGUGUGCAUUGGUUUGGUUAUGUUUUCAGUCCGUAAUGCUCGUAUUUGUACACAUCUUUAAGCAGUUGUCUUGAUUCGACGCUGUCUUUGGAGGACCCAUUUUUACUAGCUCCACUCUUGUUGCUGUAGGAAUAUUUAAGUUUUUGCCUCGGUG